AAAUUCCACCAGUAUUCGUCUUGUCAAAAUCUUCUAGUCAAAAUUAAUUGGAAUCAGUUUCAGAAAUACGAUUUACAUAGUCUGUAGACAGGUCGUGGAAUCCAAGAAAAUUUUAAUCCGAAAAAGUGAGUUUCUUUACAGAAAUUUUAGAAAGUUGAUUAAAUAAACCAAUCUUUUAAUCUUAUUAAAAAAAAGAAAGAAUAACAUGUGUAUGGAAAUAUAACUGAUUUUCUAUUGGAAUUUUACUAUUUGUGACUGUGAGCCGACCAAAAUAUUCAUGAAUUAUAAAAUGUUCUUAAGCACAUGCUCCGGGUGCGUCGAGGUACCAACCCCGAUUUACUACUGGAACCCGUAUGUUGCACAUGCGUAUUCAAAAAGUUCAGCGUUUCAAAUUGCAAAUAUUUUACAAUUGUCGCAAAAUACAGCCGACGUUUCAAAACAUGACAAAAGAACGACUGCGGAAAACUUGCAACAGCGUCGUCAGGAAGCCAGGCAAAACUAUUUGUACGAACGAAAAAAGGAGGACAUAGAAACACGGAGAGAUUUUCAGAGAUUUGACGACUCUCUCUCUAGCCGCGUUUUAGACUUUUCAAGAAAGAAGGGUGAUAAAUGCACAUUGCCAUCUGCGCUCGAACCUCUUCAAGCAUUGUGCAGCGAAGGGCCUCGUGGCUACAGAAGUUCAUCUCCGAAUACAACAAAAGGCUCGAACUGUACACAGGCAUCGCCUACACCAACACGGGAACUUAAAUUCGGUAUCAGUCAAAUAUUGUCGGAGGACUUCGGAAAAGAAAAAACAGAUAAAGAAAAUUCUCCAGGCUAUACUGAGACUGAGGAUACUGUAUACCGUCCUCGACGAUGUGAAUGCACGUAUGAUGGCUGUAACUUGUACCGAGAACAUUCACGGUACCCAGCUCACGCGCUGUCCGCCGUGCACGCGCUUCAACCUCCCAAAUAUCCUACCUCACCACUCGGAACUGACGUCUUACCUGGCCCAUAUUCUGUGUUGAAUACAGAGGUCAACGUUGGCCCACAAUCAAAGAGGAAACGCUCGUGGUCACGUGCAGUGUUCUCAAAUCUACAAAGGAAAGGUUUAGAGAAAAGAUUUGAGGUACAGAAGUAUGUCACCAAACCUGACAGACGACAACUUGCAGCUAUGCUUGGUCUUACAGACGCACAGGUGAAGGUCUGGUUCCAAAAUCGACGAAUGAAAUGGCGGCAUGCUCAGCAGCAAAUUAACGCGGAAGAAGAGUCAAACGACAAUGUGGCAGACGACAAAAUGCUUAUAUCCGAUGAAGACCGGAACAACCCAAAAAUUGUUCAAAUGGCGGUUGGAAAUGACAGUAAUUUAGGAACUCAUGAAGAAAUUCUGGUUUCGGAAGAUCUAUCAUCAGACGAUGACGACGACGAAAAUGAAAACAUUUCUGUUACAGACAUUAAAGAGGAUAUUUCUGUGAACACAUGUCACCAAAUGAACGUGGAAAAUGGACUGUAGUAUUCAUGUAUGUGUGGUGUUAAUUCUUAUAAAAACUAUAUCCUUCCGAUUAGAAAAUGAUCUUAUUAGUAAUUGAGCAUAUAACAGCAUUAUACCAAUGAACUUUUAACAAUGAAAGCAAAGUAAUGAUUUACUUAGUGAUGUUGUAAAAGCUUGUCAUAUAUGAUGAAAAAGAAGGGUGAUAAAUUUAUUCUACAUGUCAAUUAUAAGAAAAUAAAAGUAGAGAUAUA